GCUCGCACCGUGGUAUUUUCAAACGACCUGUGAGCGGUCACACUGUUCGCAUAGCGUCAUUGCUGUACUAAAACCUAAAAAUCCGCCGUGUUCGUAUUCCGCCAUUUUGAAAGCUGCGAGUGGAAUUUGGACGCGUUGCUGGAUUCUCGAUUUCAAUAUGAAGCGCCAAAAAUGAUUGCAGCGUUUGCAUCGUAGUCUUGAAAAGGUUUUUUUCAUUGAUUUAAUUAGAGCCACUGAAAGCGGUUGGCCAUCCAGAAAAACGAGGAGCGACCAGGGAUAAAAGGGAUUCCACACCAGCCUGCGCCCAGCGCCCCCUAAACGCGGUAGUCACUGACAGAAAAUCAAAAGAAACCACAGCCGGAAAAGGGCAAAAGUUUUAUUACGACGACGACGAAGAGCAGAGGACAGCAGACAGAUUGAAAAACAGCGAAAUGGACAAAAAUCUGAUGAUGCCGAAGCGUUCGCGCAUCGAUGUCAAGGGCAGCUUUGCCAACGGACCGCUGCAAGCACGCCCACUGGUGGCCCUGCUCGAUGGACGGGACUGCUCCAUCGAGAUGCCCAUCCUAAAGGAUGUGGCCACGGUGGCCUUUUGCGAUGCACAGAGCACCUCCGAAAUACACGAGAAGGUCCUCAACGAGGCAGUGGGAGCUCUGAUGUGGCACACCAUCAUCUUGACAAAGGAGGAUCUUGAGAAGUUCAAAGCUUUACGCAUUAUCGUGCGCAUCGGCAGCGGCACAGACAACAUCGACGUGAAGGCGGCGGGCGAACUGGGCAUCGCCGUGUGCAACGUUCCCGGCUACGGAGUCGAGGAGGUGGCAGACACGACGAUGUGCCUCAUCCUCAACCUCUACCGGCGGACAUACUGGCUAGCGAACAUGGUGCGCGAGGGCAAGAAGUUCACCGGACCCGAGCAAGUGCGGGAGGCAGCGCAUGGCUGUGCACGCAUCCGCGGCGACACCUUGGGUCUGGUGGGACUGGGCCGCAUUGGAAGCGCCGUGGCCCUGCGGGCUAAGGCGUUCGGCUUCAACGUCAUCUUCUACGAUCCCUACCUGCCCGACGGCAUCGACAAGUCGCUGGGCCUAACUCGCGUCUACACGCUGCAGGACCUGCUUUUCCAGUCCGACUGCGUCUCACUGCAUUGCACGCUCAAUGAGCACAACCAUCAUUUAAUCAAUGAAUUCACAAUUAAACAGAUGCGACCUGGUGCAUUUCUGGUGAACACCGCACGCGGCGGUCUAGUCGAUGACGAGACCCUGGCGUUGGCGCUGAAGCAGGGAAGGAUAAGAGCUGCCGCCCUGGACGUUCACGAAAACGAACCUUACAAUGUAUUUCAAGGCGCACUGAAGGAUGCCCCCAAUCUGAUUUGCACACCGCACGCCGCCUUCUUCAGCGACGCGUCCGCAACGGAGCUGCGCGAAAUGGCAGCCACCGAGAUCCGGCGGGCGAUCGUCGGCAAUAUUCCAGACGUGCUGAGGAAUUGCGUCAACAAGGAGUACUUCAUGCGCACGCCGCCUGCCGCUGCCGCCGGGGGCGUGGCGGCGGCUGUUUAUCCCGAAGGAUUAAAUGGCGGCUAUUAUACAGGCGCACUGCAUCAUCGGGCACACAGCACCACACCGCACGAUGGCCCCCACAGUACAACCAACCUGGGCAGCACCGUAGGAGGCGGUCCGACGACAGUCGCUCAAGCUGCCGCUGCAGCCGUGGCCGCUGCGGCAGCCGCCGCCGCCCUCCUGCCGUCGCCAGUUCCGCCGCACUUGUCGCCUCAGGUCGGUGGAUUGCCGCUUGGAAUUGUGAGUAGCCAAUCGCCCCUGAGUGCGCCCGACCCUAAUAAUCAUCUGUCAUCGAGCAUAAAAACGGAGGUGAAGGCCGAGUCAACGGAGGCGCCGUAGGCAUCUGCUGUUCAACUGGCCGGAGCUGGAGAGCUGGAGUUGACGAUGACAACGGGCAGUGGCGCAAUGGAGUCCAGCACAACAACUGGCCAAAAGAAAAAGGAGGCGGCGUAGUAGGAGUAGCGGAGCAGUCGGAGAGGAAGCGGUAGGAGCAGUAGACCCCGUGGAACUCGGUCACCAAGGAUUAAACUUAACGAGAAACAAAACCCAGCAGCAGUAGUCAUCUGUCGAAUGUGUGGAGUCCCCUAUAUCCGUGCCGUUUGUUCUUUUGUUCCGGUUGAAAAACGGACUACUUGCGCGCCUGUGCCAGCGCCUGAUUUGAAUUUUUCCAAGUUUCUAUGUUUUAAUUUAAAAUACAAUACAUAUUUGCAUUACCAACUCCCGAAACAAACCAACAAACAACAAAAUAACACAAUACAACAUUAUAAAGAACGCAGGAAAACGAGGAGUAUGAUUAUGAUGAUCCCCACACACAACACGCCUCAAAAUUUACUACAUACUUAGACUUUAAUUUGUAACUAUUUAGAAUUUUACAGUUACAACUUAAGAUUUUUAUUUGUAUUGCAGCCAAUUGUAAGUGAAAAUAUGUUACUACAUAUAAGCGCAAAAACAAAUGCAAAUGUUGGAAAAUUUUAAUUACGAGAAACAAACACAAUUAUGGCAUACAAACAAAAAAGAAAACACUAGAAACAAAACAAAAGCAACACAAGAGAGACGUUUAGUGCUAAGAUACGUUUAAAGUACAUAAUAAAAAAAAAACAAAAGAAAAGCGAA